AGCGGCGCCCUCUGACGCGUCACUGGCCGAGCUCGUGUGAACAUUAGCGGGACUCCACGCCGCACCGCUGACCGCCCCGCAGACUGACCGAGCCCCGCAGGUGCAGUACGGCGAGAAAACAAAAACACCGUGUUGGUGUCCCGCUCGCCCGGCUGUGUAAACAGUGCGCGUCCCGCCCUGUGCUGACAUGCGCGGAUGUAGCCGUUAGCAGGCGAGCCGGGGCCGAGGAGCGCCGGCCGCUUGUACCCUUCACCCGGACCGGAGCGUGCAUGUGCCACAGAGCCCGGGUUAAGGAGCCCGUCGACGGCCACGAGGAUGCGCAAGGACGUGAGGAUUUUAUUAGUGGGAGAGCCCAAGGUGGGGAAGACUUCUCUCAUCAUGUCGCUGGUCAGUGAGGAGUUCCCGAGCGUGGUCCCCUACCGAGCUGAGGAAAUCACCAUACCUGCAGACGUCACGCCAGAGCGAGUUCCCACACACAUCGUGGACUACUCGGAGGCGGAGCAGACGGAUGAGCAGCUGUUCCAGGAGAUCACCAAGGCCAAUGUGAUUUGCAUCGUCUACUCUGUCAACAACAAGACGUCCAUUGAAAAGGUGACGAGCCACUGGAUCCCCCUCAUCACAGAGAACACGGACAAGGACAGCAGGGUCCCUCUGAUUCUGGUGGGGAACAAGUCUGACCUGGUGGAACACAGCAGCAUGGACACCAUACUGCCCAUCAUGAACCGGCACAGUGAGAUCGAGACCUGCGUCGAGUGUUCAGCAAAGAACCUGAAGAACAUCUCAGAGCUGUUCUACUACGCCCAAAAGGCCGUCCUGCACCCCACUGGUCCGCUUUACUGCCCAGAGAGAAAAGACAUGAAGCCCCUUUGUGUCAAAGCCCUGACUCGGAUCUUCAAAGUGUCGGACCUGGACAACGACGGCAUCCUCAACGACCACGAGCUCAAUUUCUUCCAGCGGACGUGCUUCAACGCCCCGCUGGAGUCCCAGGCGUUGGAGGAUGUCAAAAAUGUGGUGCGGAAGAACAUGAGUGACGGUGUGUGUGACAACGGACUCACUCUGAAAGGCUUCCUGUUCCUCCACACGCUGUUCAUCCAGCGCGGUCGCCAUGAGACCACGUGGACGGUGCUGAGGAGGUUCGGCUACGACGACGACCUGGAGUUGAACCAGGACUACCUCUUCCCUCCGUUGAAGCUCCCUGCAGACAGCACCACCGAGCUCAACCACAAUGCCUACCUCUUCCUCCAGAGCGUCUUUGACAAACAUGACAAGGACCGUGACUGUGCCUUGUCACCCGAGGAGACGAGGGACCUGUUUGAUGUGUUUCCCUACAUGCCCUGGGGUCCGGAUGUCUUCAAUACGGUUUGCACUAACGACCAGGGCUGGAUCACCUACCAGGGGUAUCUCUCCCAGUGGACUUUAACAACGUAUCUGGAUGUCCAACGAUGCCUGGAGUAUUUGGGUUACCUUGGUUACUCAAUAAUUGCUGAGCAGGAGUCCCAAGCAUCGGGAAUCACAGUGACCAGAGCUAAGAAGAUUGACCUCCAGAAGAAGCAGACCCAGCGUAGCGUCUUCCGCUGCAACGUCUUUGGAGACGUGGGCAGCGGCAAGAGCGGCUUCCUACAAGCGUUCCUGGGUCGAAACCUCAUGCGCCAAAAAGCGAUCAGCGAGGAACACCGAUCCUACUACGCCAUCAGCACAACCUACGUAUACGGCCAGGAGAAAUACCUCCUUCUUCACGAAGUCCUCCCUGACUUUGACUACCUGUCCGACGGCGAUCUGGCCUGCGACAUCGUCGGCCUGGUCUACGAUGUCGGCAACCCGUUCUCCUUCGAGUACUGCGCCAAGGUCUUCAAGCAAUACUUCAUGGACAGCAAGAUUCCGUGCAUGAUGAUCGCGGCGAAGUCGGACCAGCCGGAGAUCAAACAGAUGUACGGCUGCAGUCCUCUGGAGUUCUGUAGGAAGCACAAGAUGCCUCCUCCCCAGUCCUUCACCUGCAACACCGCGGCAGCUCCCAGCCGAGACAUCUUCACCAAACUUACCACUGUGGCCAUGUACCCCCACGCCCGGUUGCGCUGCAUGUGCACUUGCAACCGGUGCACCUUCUGCUUGUGUCAGAACUUCCUCAACUCUGAGCUGCUGCAGACAGUCAGGGCCAAACUCUACGCCGUUGUGCUCAGAAGGCAUGUGAGCCAAGCGGACCUGAAGAGCUCGACCUUCUGGCUGAGAGCGAGCGUCGGGGCCUCCGUGUGUGCCGUGCUGGGCUUCGCCAUGUACAGGGUGCUGCUCAGGUCGCGGUGAUUCCCCUCACCCCAUGGUUCAUCUAGAGCUGUUUGGACCUGGCUCCCCUGUUUGGAUGCCCAGCAUGCGUUUUAGUCAAUGAACAUCUUUUCAUCUUUCAAGGAAAAAAACGUGUCAAAGCUUAGUUUACCAAACAUUUGUUUUAUUUUGCAUUUGUCUUUUUCUCUUGAUAGGGAUAAAACGGAACAAUAUUGAAUUUUUGUACCGAAACUGCUAAUUUCCUUGAUCCGCUUCUUUUCAAGUGUUUGCAAAGUAAUAUAUUUAUAUUAAAGUGGGUAAGCUGCUGAUGAGCUGUAGUGACUGACAUGAUGAAGUUGCAUAUAGCUGCUUAUUGGUUUCCGCCGUGGUAGCGAUACGUGAGGUUUGCAAUAACAUUGAUGCUUUUAUUAGGCUGAACCGUGCAAAUGGAAUAAUGAAUAAUUUGCUCAGCAGCCUGCUUCUGAACUCCCACAAACCUUAGCGUUGAUAUUCAGUCUCAGUUUGAGGCCCAAACACUUUUUUUUUUUUUCUCUAAUUGUUCGCGUCAGCAGGUCACUGGAUGUGUGCAAGCGUCUGCUGCUGCUCUCUCUGUACCUCCCCCCCCCCCCCCGCCCUCCCAUCAGUGUGUGCUAACAUAUUUAUUAUUGACCCUUCAAAGCCACUACAUUUUGUAUUAGCAUGCUUCUGAAUUUCCAAUCACAUUCCUGUGGGUCUAAGACGUAUUGUACUAAAGGACCACCAUGACCAGUUCUCCACAUUGCUUCCUACCUCCCAAUAAUCCAGGGAUUAGUAGUAGUACUAAUGUUUAUUGACGGGAGCUCUUAAACUUUACCAUGCCCACUCUCAUUUUAACAGCCCCUGUGAUCCAUGUUCUCCUCGAUCACAGAAAAUGCAAUAAUGUGGCCCCACAUUUCCAUGUGAUUUUAGUUUUGAUGUAUUCACUCAGCCUUUCCAAGAGUUUACAAUAAACAAAUAUCUGUCUGACA